UGCGCCGCCAGACGCGGGCGUCAUGGAGGAGCCUUGCCCAUGGCGAAUUGUGGAUGAUUGCGGUGGAGCCUUCACUAUGGGUAUCAUUGGAGGUGGAGUCUUCCAGGCUAUCAAGGGCUUCCGCAAUGCCCCUGUUGCUUGGCUUCUGGACCUGGGGUUUUGGAAGAACCACACACAGGCCCCUGUCUUCCCUCCACCCAUCUGGAGCUGCUCUGUGGAAAUGGGAAUUCGACAUCGGUUAAGAAGUAGUAUCAAUGCUGUGAGGAUCCAGGCACCCCAGACUGGAGGUAGCUUCGCGGUGUGGGGGUGCCUGUUCUCAACUGUGGACUGUGGCCUGGUGCAGAUUCGAGGCAGGGAGGAUCCCUGGAACUCCAUCACCAGUGGUGCAGUGACUGGAGCUGUGCUGGCUGCCCGCAGUGGCCCAUUGGCAAUGAUGGGCUCAGCGAUGAUGGGGGGAGUUCUACUGGCCCUCAUUGAGGGUGUUAGCAUCCUCCUCACUCACUAUACUGCCCAACAGUUCCGCAAUGUACCCCCAUUGCUAGAGGACCCCAGCCAGCUACCUCCUAAGGAGGAUACCCCAGCCACAGGCUUUCCCAGCUCUCAGCAACAUCAUUGAGGCAGCCACCGCCUGACAGCACCACCAUGGGAGCUGCUCCUUGGUUCUCUCACCAGUGAUCUACCUCUAAGGGAGGGCUGACUUCCAGUUAGCCCUGGGACUCUCCAGAGAGGGCCUCUGUUCUGCUCCCUUGUCCCAGGGUGGGGGUGGGGUGUCCCAUCACCUGACAGAUGGGUCCCUUUUUCUCUCUCAGGGCACCCUCGCCUCACAUUCAUAUGUAAUAAGUUUUCACCCUAGCUCGUUCGUGUGGCACCAUGAUGAAUAUUUUAAAGUCAGUUUCAAAAUGCCUGUUUAUGCACUCCUUGAGCCAUCCCCAGGACCUCCUUCUCAAGACAAUGGCAGAGCCCUUCCCAGGACUCAGAAGCCCUGGGACUUAGAGUCCCACCAUGAGUGGGCUGUAGUAAACAUUUGUGGGAUGAAUGAGCAGGAAGGGGGAAGUGCAUGAAGAUAAGAAGUGGGUACAUGCAUAAGGAUGUGUGGGGGCCAAGCAAUGAGUAAGCAGACAGGAACAGAUUUGGAAAGAAGUGCAUGAACACAAGGAUUGUUGGGGGUGGGGGUGGUUGACACGGUACACUAUACAUACUGCCACCCUGACCCCUCCUCCACAAGCUCCCAUGGCCAAGGCUGGGAAAUUGACCUUACAAGAAGUCCUUGCUUUCUAGAUACCAGUCAUUCCAUUUGCAAAAAUUAUCCCCAUCCAAUGUGGCCUCACUGUGGCCCUGGAAUGGAAGUUGAUGUCAGGGAGACCUGGUUUCUUCAAAGAAGGUGUCCUGUGUCAGUGUCCCCUUCUAUCACAGGGACACUUUUCUACAUAGUAGACCAUGCAGUGUUGUUAGUUGUUUAGAUCACUGUCUCGGCCCACCUCCGCCUCCAGAGUAGCUGGGAUUACAGGUGUGCAUCACCAUGACUGGCACCCAUAAAAUAACUAGAAAUUAAUUUUCCUUUGGGGAUAGGGGAUGUAUGGGAAAGAGAUUUUUCUGGAUGGACAUCACCCCCAGGUGAUGUCACUUCUGUGUAAACCCUAUGUGGAUGAGGCAGACACUCUCCUCUAGGGUGCAGAUGCCACAGGGAGGCACGAAAGCUUCCUGAGAAAUCAAGGGUUUCCUUUGCACAGACUGUACCAAUACCCAUGACAUCAUGGGAAACAAAACCUGUUCCUAUCUGCAAGGCAUUGCAACUUGAUGGAAAUGCUCUUUCCUUGGUACAAUAUUGGUUCCUAGGGAUGCAAAGGUAACAGGGCCACUGUGCCUCCUGCUUGAAUGAUAGUGCCAGGCAGUGCACUACCAUCCCACCACGGACCCUGAGAAAAGUAGGGCAGGGUGGGCUUAGCUUGCAUCAGGAACAUGGCUGGAGGCAUCAUAGCAGGGGUGUGGCCCCUAACCUUUGGUACCACAGGCACUUAGAGCAGCAGCACCUUCUAGACCCUUUCUGCACUCCUAGGCCUCAGGAUUUAUUCUAGUGACCCUUUUGCUCUAGACUGCUAGCCCUCAUCUUGCCCACUACCUCUACCAGGCCUUUCCCUUCCAUGAGUCCACAGGCCUUACCCCUUGCCCAUCUUUCCAUACUGCCCUCUAAGGCAACUGCAGAACCUACCACCUCUACACAACCCCACACUAUCUCCCUGGUCCCCUUUAAAUAGACCCAGGCCCCACAGACCCCUUACUAUCCACAGGUUCCCCAUCCUCUGUAGCCUCUGAACUCUACCUAGUCCAACUUUAAGGCCCCACCUCUUAAGGCACCUCCAAAUGCUGUGGCGCUCAGCCCUCCUCUCCUGUGCCUGGGAAUUCAUUCAAGUUCACCACUGGGGGGCGACUGGACCCCAUGCGGUCUGGGCCCCUAUAGGUGGCUUGACUGCUCACCAGUAACAUUCAGGGCCCCUUCCUGCUUUGGUUCCUCCAGCUUCUAGCUGGGAUAGGGCAGGCUGAUACCAGAUUUGAAACGUGAAGGAUGGAGGUUAGAAAUUGAAGCUCGGAAAUAAAAUUUAAAAUAAAAUAAUCUGCAACCUGGGUAAUUUGUACUGCUAAAGUUUUAAUAAACUUGAAAUGAGAAGGAAGGAGGGAAAGAGUUGUAGGGCAGCUUCCUAAGAGAAUAUAGGGUCAAACUCAGGGAGGGACUACAAAGACUGAGAGAAGAGGAGAGAUGGAGAGAAGGAGAGAAAGAGACAACAGUUGGAGAGAGAUGAAGAGAAGUAGAAACAGAGAGAUGCACA